GUGACGGAUCUUAUCAUGGGAUCUUCUCCAUACUAUAUAGGUUACUUGCAAUUGCCGCCGACUUCUACAUGUGUGUGCGAUAUGUAUUUGUGUAUUUGUGACCAGUUCUGAAUUUAUCUUUAUACUUAAUCCUAUUGUAUCGAAUAAUUUUACAUAGUUCAUCAAGUAACUAUCGAAUGAAAAAUAGUAACAUUGAAUCAUUCCAGGUGCCCGUGAUACGUGGCACAAACGUCCUGCAUAAAUCCGUCCGCACUUAUAACAGCUAUUGAGCGUUGAUUGCAAUUAAAAAGUGUUUCUCGUUACCCGAGAAAGGAAUAGAAAAUCGUUGGCACACUUAUUUGCAACAUUCUAUCAACAGUUGUAGAGGUUUGACGACAAAGUAAUUGCUAACCUAUAAAUUGUCAUUUAGCCUUUGAAAAAGUAUAGUAUAUUUAUGCUGUAAAAUAGAAGGAAAAUCAUCGCAAUGGGUGGAUUGAUCAGUUACUUUCGAAACUUGCUUGGAAGCAGAGAAAUGAGAAUUCUAAUUCUUGGCUUGGAUGGAGCAGGAAAAACAACAAUUUUAUACAGAUUACAAGUUGGAGAAGUAGUUACAACGAUUCCUACCAUUGGUUUUAAUGUUGAACAAGUUACUUAUAAAAAUUUAAAGUUUCAAGUAUGGGAUUUGGGUGGUCAAACAAGUAUAAGGCCAUACUGGAGGUGUUAUUAUUCAAAUACAGAUGCUAUAAUUUAUGUUGUUGAUUCAGCUGAUAGAGAUAGAAUAGGCAUAUCCAAAGAUGAACUAAUAUACAUGUUAAGGGAAGAAGAAUUACAAAAUGCAGUUCUUGUUGUGUUAGCCAACAAACAAGAUUUACCAGGUUGUUUGAGCGUCGCCGAAGUGCAUCAAGCAUUGGGUUUAGAUGCUUUAAAAAACCGAACGUUCCAAAUUUUCAAAACAUCGGCAAAAAAGGGUGAGGGCUUAGAUCAGGCCAUGGACUGGCUGUCAAACGCCCUGCAAGUUAAAAAAUGAUCAAGCGUUCGGUGCAUUGACACAUCCACAAGACACUUACCGGAGCCAAUGGCUGGAAUGAGCUUGUACGUAGCUUUUGCCGCGUGAUUUUAGUCAAACCUACGUUGCUAAGAGAGACGAUUACUCACACGAAGCUUUUUUGUAUUGUGGGAUUAUAUAAAAUGAAAAAGAGAAAAAUGAAAAAAAAAACUACGGAUCUAUUCCGAGAAAAAGUCUGAUAUAAGCACAUUCAUUUAUACCAAGUUUAUUACUUUGUAAACCCGACAAUUUCGUUUAGUAUCAUACACAAUAAAAUUCAUUAAUGUGUUUUUGCAAGACUUUUUCCAUAGCAUAGAUUAGUACUUCAAUAUGUGAUUUAUAUGCCGUGUGUUUCUGAGAAAACUAGCCAUAGGACCUCUCAUAUUAUCAUUCGCUUGACAUGAGAAUGCAGGUAAAAUCGACGAAAUAUCAAUUCGAGUCACUUACAUACUUUUCCAUGUAAACUAAAUGGUAACACAGGAUUCUUAACUUGAAUGGCUAGUUCCCGUGGCAAAAAAGGCACGUAUGUGUGUGUAUGUAUGUA